AUGGGGUGCAGUCCUUCUAUAUGUGCAGCUGGAAAGAGGAAAAACAAUUUGAAUAUCCAAGAAAUUGCCAUAUGCGUCCCCUCAAUGUGUGUUCCGCUUCAAACUGAUCUUCAGAGGGCACUCAGAGGUCUAAUUCCGAAGGAUCUCGCGGAUAGAGUAGUUUCACACCGGAAUCUAAUCGUUUUAGUUGCCAAGGGCGAGGAGACUAGUGGAUCUGUUACCGAAUUACAGCAAGCACUGGAGGACUACUUGCCUCUUCUGCUUGGUCUAACUAACAAAGAGCAUGGUCUUCAAGAAGUGGUGGAAUUCAAGUGGAAAUAUUCAGAAGAUGGAAAAGAAGUCUGUGUCGCAAACUCCUGGUUUGAAUUACUCUCUGUUAUUCACAUGAUGGCUAUGUUGACAUUGACGGAGGCAAAUUCCAUGCUGAUUUCUGAAAAUCAAUCAGGUUCUUCUGAAAGACUUGUAUCUGCAGAUUGCAUGAGGGAUGCUGUUGAUUUACUGCUAAAGGCAUCGGGUUACUUGGAAUUUUGUGUCCGUGAUGUUCUUGUUCGCUUACCAACUGAUAUCAAGAAGCAGUUGCCAAAAGAUUUGCAGGAGGGCAUAUUGGAGGCUAUAUCGAUUCAAGCACUAGGCCAGGGAACUGAAAUUCAGCUUGGAUUAGCUGUGGACAGUCAAAACGUUAGUUUACCCGUGAAGAGGAGGCUCGCAUGUGAACAAUUAAGCUACUAUGGGCAGGCUCAUUACUGCUUGUCCGGAUGUAACACUGAUAGCCGACAUGGAAAGAAGCAUCUGUUAUUCAUCAAAUGGAAAUAUCUUGAAGCAAAGGCUGCAGCUUACUACUACCAUGGCCAGAUCAUUGACAAGGGUAGUGAACCAUCCUGUCAUGUGAGUGCUGUGUAUUGUUUUCUAGCUGCUGAAGAUCUACUCUCAGAGAGCAAGAAGGCUUGUUUAACCUUUUGUCUCACAGCUCCUGUCACCAGGAUCCCUCCACUCUGGGGUGCUAUGAAACAUUUGAAUAAGAGAAUUCCUGAUGUAGCAUCUAAGAAAUCGCAGAUGUAUGGGUACCUUUUAGAGCAGGAGAAAGGUCUUGAAAUCCUGCCUGAUCUUCCAGAAUUCGAGCUAUCACUAAGGCCAGAUGACUUUGAAUUGCCUGAGAUGGAUUCAGCAUGGGGUAGACAGAAGUGGGAAAUCCCAAGUCAACCUCUCAAAGAGCACCUUAAAGAUUCCGAAGAUGAGAUGUAAUCUGAAUGGCACCCCGUAUGCCCUGUCUCUUCUCUUUUUUGAAACUAAAUAGAAAAUUUUGUACUUCCAUGUUGAAAAUUUACCCGUUGCUAUUGUCUUGAAAUGGCUGUAGAUUCAUGUGCAAACUACAAUAUAUAUUUAUGACAGAACCGUAAGUCAAUUGUUCAUUUGUUAGUUUUCGAAAUCUUGUAAACCUAGUUCUGUUAUGUUCAAAGUAUUAUGCA